AUGAAAUUGUUUGGUUUGGGCCUAAUCGGCCUCCUUAACUCCCCGCUUGGCGUAACUGCCGAUGCCAACGAAGAUCUCGAAGCCCAGCGAAAACAAGUUCUGAAAGAAAAUCUGAAGAAAAUGAAAGAAACUCACACGAAGGAAGAACUCAAAGAAAUCGAAACCGAGCAUCUGAAAAAAGCGCACAAGGAGCAACUCAACAAAAUGGCGGCCAACGGGGCUAAACAUGCUUUUGACCAUCUUUCGCAUUUGAGCGAAAAAGACAAAAUGAAAGUUCUUGCGGCUCAAGCUGGCCAAGGAUGUCCAGUUGCCAGGGCAGAAUUGACGAGAAUGGUCGAGGCGAAAAAAGAAAAGGAAGCGGCGAGAGCUGCAGUCUUGAAAAUGAGCUCGAAAGAGCUGAAAGAAAAGGCGGCUGAAGGAUGCCCUUACGCCAAGAAACGUCUAAUCGAAUUGAAGAAAAAAGUCGCCGAAAAGAAGCUCGAAGAAGCAAAAGCCGCCGUCGGAGACCUAACAGCUGAUCAACUGAAAAUCCGCGCUGCAGAAGGAUGCCCUCACGCUGCCCGAAUGCUCGUUGAAUUCGAAAACAUGCGAAAGCGCAACGAACCACCACCAAUUAGCGCUAGAAUUCUUCCAGAAAACGACGAUGAAGAGUUCUCCAUUGAGGAGUUGAAGCAAAUGGCUUCGAUGGGAAAUGGCUUGGCGGCGGAAAAGCUGCGAGAACUCGAUCCUUCUUUCUUUGAACCAAAUGUGGAAGAGCUGAAGAAACGGGCCGAAGCGGGUUGCCCAGUCGCUAGAGCUCAAUUGGCUUCGUUGGAGGAGGGAAAGAAGGAUUCUUCCGCAGAAAAUGAAAAGCCAAAUGUCGAAGCGCUCAAAGCCAGGGCUGCUCAAGGCUGUCCACAUGCCAAAGCAGAGCUUGAAAGACUCCAAAAAGCAGAAGAAGCGGAAAAACCUUACGUCGAAGCCCUAAAAGCCCGUGCCGCCCAAGGUUGUCCGCAUGCAAAAGCCCAACUUGAAAAGUUAAAGCUUGAAGAAGAAAAAAAGCCAAAUGUAGAAGCUAUGAAAGCUCGAGCUGCUCAAGGCUGUCCUCAUGCCAAAGCUGAGUUAGAAAAGCUCACGAAAAAUAAUGAAGAGGAAAAACCUAAUAUUGAAGCCCUAAAAGCCAGAGCCGCCCAAGGAUGCCCCCAUGCAAAAGCCCAGCUUGAAAAGCUUGAGAAAGAAGAGGGUGGCGAAGGAUGCGGCUGCGAUAAAGCGGACAGAAAACAUUUGAAAAAACAGGACGACGAGGAGGUCGAAAUCGAAGUGGAUAACUCUGAAGAUCCGGCGGUUAGAGAAGAGUUUGAAUUUCCAGAUGAUAUUACUUACCCAAGGCACCAGCGAUACAAUCAGGAAGCCCGAAUUCCGGCUGGAACCUUCACGAUGGGCGACAAUGAAGAGUUAAUGCCUGGCGAUGGUGAAGCUCCGGAACGACAAGUUACGAUCUCGUCAGAUUUCUUUAUUGAUAAAUAUGAGGUAACGAACAGCGAGUUUUAUCGUUUUGCUCACGAGACCGGCUAUGUUACGGAAGCGGAAAAGUUCGGCGAUUCAUUUUGCUUCAUCAAUUUCAUCCCUGAGAAGACAAAAGAAAAGAUCGAGCUAGAAGUGAAAGAAACUCCUUGGUGGUUGCCUGUCCAAGGCGCAAGCUGGCUCCACCCAGUUGGCCCGGAAAAGGAUCUUACGGGCAUUUGGGAUCAUCCUGCUGUUCAUAUUAGCUGGAAUGACGCUGUUGAAUACUGCAAGUGGGCUGGUAAACGACUCCCGACAGAGGCAGAAUGGGAAUAUGCUUCGCGAGGCGGCUUGGAAGGUCGACUCUUUUCAUGGGGAAACAAGGACAAACCAAAGGGAAUGCAUUACAUGAACAUCUGGCAAGGAGAAUUCCCCACUGAAAAUACAGAGGAAGAUGGCCACAGUUCUACAGCACCUGUGGAUUACUACCCCUCCCAGAAUAAAUACGGCUUGUUUAAUAUGCUCGGAAAUGUUUGGGAAUGGACGGCAGAUAAUUGGUCCAACAGACACUCGGGAGAAGCUGUUUCAGAUCCACAAGGCCCACCAUCCGGAACAGAUCGUGUGAAGAAAGGAGGCUCCUUCCUCUGCACAACUCAAUACUGCUAUCGUUACAGAAACGCCGCUCGCCAUCACAAUACGCCCGAUUCUUCCGCUCAAAAUUUAGGGUUCAGAUGCGCUAGAACCGCGAAUUCGAAAUCAGUCCACGACGAACUAAAUGAAAAUAUGCCCCUCGUAAGGAGAUCGAUACAGCCUCAAGACCUCUGUCGGAAGAAACUUCCAGAACAUGUCGAAUCGGAGCUUGAAAUGGUCACAAAUAACGCCCUCUGUGGCGUUAUUUCUCAACUUUCAGAUCUCUCCCGACACGCAGAGAAUUUAUUCCAAGAACUCAGCUUGGAAGCGACGAAUUUUACUGAUAGAGCACGGGAACUGGAAGAAAGAGUUGUAGAUCUCAGCCAGCGACUUUCAAUAGACAGAAACAACAACGCCGAAUUAGAAUUGAGAAAUAGGGAAAUUCAGUUUGACCGGUACAUCAUGGCGAGAGAUACGAUUCCACAAUCGCUAAAAGAAGUGUAUGAUCGCGCAGAUGCUCCACCAGCACUAGAAAAGCUUCAGAAAUACCGAGACGACGGGAAAAACUGCCUGAAAAUGUACACGAACCCGGACUACUUCUACCUCAUUUGGCGUGAAAAGAUUCAAGCCGAAAAUGAAGCCGAUCGAAAGAGAAAACGCGACGAACGCGAGCGCAAAAAGCAGCAACUCAAGAUUCAGAAAGCCAAGCAACCGGAGAAUCCAAAACCAGCGUCGAGGCCUUACUUCGAUAAAAAUCAAGAAAAGGGCCGAGGAAAGGAGUUCCAAAAGUCCAUCAGGAUCCCAGCCGACUCAACGACGUACAGAAGAGACUCGCAGCCAAUUAAUCCGACUUCGAAUUAUAUGGAUACACUCCCUAGAAAGAAAAACUCAAAUGCCAAGAAACCCCAGUCAACAACAAACCUUUCUCAUCAAAGUUCAAUGUCCCACGAAAUGUCAAAAAUGUCGAUUCGCUCAACCGCCUCAGCAUCUCAGAUUCGCCAGCACCAACAGUCGUCUUUCCCUCAGCCUCCACCGGCUCACAUUCCUCCUCCUCCAAGUAGCGGAUCUUUUCCGCCACCGCCUUCAGGAUCUGCAUGGCCACAGCCGCCCGCUGGCUUUCCCCCUUCGCCGGCUCCGUCGCAGCUUCCUAGCUAUCAGAAACCAGGAGGCAUGCCUCCGGGAAUGACACACUUGCCUCCUAGUAAUGUGCCUCCAACUCCUCCAGCUGCUGGUGGGCCGCCACCACCACCGCCGCCUCCUGGCAUUGCACCUCCUCCGGGUCCUUCGUCUGGUCCUCCUCCACCUCCUGGUCCCGCUCCCCCGCCUGCACCAGCCCCAGCUCCGGCAAAAUCAGCGAUCGUUUCACCACCAAGUGGAGCAAUCCAAAAGAGCGUGGAUAACCGAUCGGAUCUUCUUGCACAAAUUCAAAAGGGCCGAGAAUUGCGGCGAGUGCAACGCGAAGAGAAAGCACCUCCACCAAGUUCAACAGCUGGCGGAGGCAUGAUGACGGCGAUGAUGUCGAUUGAUGAGAUCUUGCGAACGCGUAGAAACGUCAUAGAGAGCAGCUCAGGCGAAUCUGGCAGCGAGUCCGACUCUGAAUGGGACGACUGA